CGCUGAUUGGUUUCUUAGACGAGAUAUACUGAUUAGCUGUGAAAGAGCGUGUGGGCGGGGCCGGGAAGUGUAGUGUUUUCAGGUGAUAAGAAGCUUCCUGUACACAGCGAGCGUCCGUUACACUGGGUCAGUGACUGCCAGUACAUGUGUCAUUGUCCUGAGCGUGCCCUGACUGCUGGCACUGAGGUGUUCCUGCAUGAGAUCCUAUUACAGUGAAAAACAAGGAUUUAAUAAACCAUCAUGGAUCUAUCUUCAUUAAUAAAGAAGCUUGGCCACCAUCUUACAGAAAUUCGAGAAAGAACACUUAAAAAUAUACUUUGUAAAUUAGACCAUAACAUUCUUACUCCUUCUGAUCUAAUACAAGAAAAGUCAUUGUUUGUAUGUCUUCUUGAAUGGUUCAACUUCCCUACGGUUCCAAUGAAGGAUGAAGUACUACAGCUUCUAAAUAAGUUGGUUAAGUAUUCUGUAGCAGCUCAAUGGUUAAUUGAUAUUGGUGCAGUGGAUUUCUUGUCUCAACUUCGACCAAAUUUGGAGCCAAAUCUACAAGCUUUAGUGGAUGAUAUUUUGGAUGGCCUUUUCCUUCUUCCCACAGAAAUGCCAUGCAAUACAUCAUGGCAGGCACAGGACUAUCCAGCUGUACAGCAAAAGGAAGAUGUAUCUGUUGGAUAUUUUCAGCAAGACGCAUUAAGGCUUCAACCUACAGAAAAGAUUCAAGAAGAAACCAGAGUAACAGUACAUCAUGGUAAACCUACGUGUUUAAAGUUCUCCACAUUUCCCUGGUUGACACUGACUACAACAGAUAAGCAUGUCCUCUCUUCAAAUGAAUCCUCACUGAGAAGCAAAGACCAUGGCUUAAUUUGGAGAAGUUGUCAUCUACUACAAGACGUUGUGAUGGAAGAUUUCCCUUCUGAGAUUUUUCUUCAAAGACCAAAGAUUGUGAAGAGCCUCUUGUCUUUGCUGAGCCUUGCAUUUGAAAAAGAUGGCCAACAACAUUUGGCAUUUCAGUCUGCUGCCUGCUUGCAUCGCUUGUGUACACUGCUAAGAAGCUGUCUGAACUUUCAUAGAGAUCCUGGCUUUUUAAGCACUAAACAAGAUGUGAUUUCCCAGAAUUCCUCUGUGUCAUACCAUACCCCAGCAACUCAUAAUUCACAGAAUGCUUCCCCUGAAAAUGAGCAUCUCCGGCCUUCUGUGGUGGGACGGGCUAACCAGAGGCCCAGUGGAGAUGGGCAGGAUUGGGAUGCUACAUCCUCCAGUGGAAACAGCAUUCAACCGCAUGUAGACUCGAGAACCUCACAUUGGUCCCCAUUGGACAGAGGCCAUUCAGACCCCACAGAACUUGAAAAUGAAGAUACCUUAGAUCUACAAUUUCAACAGCUUAGUCUUCCUCAGUUUUGUGUCCUUAUUUUGGAAAAUGCUGCACCUUUGCUAAAAUCAGAAAGGCGUAAGCUUUUAAUCUUGAUCCUAGAGCUGCUUACUGAGAACUUGGUCCUGCUUGGUGGUGCCAUUUCAGAAUACGUUUGGGAGGAUGGCAGCCUCAUAGGACAGGAAUUGAGAUGUAAACUGCUUUUCGUGCUUGAUACACUUGGGGAGACUAUACUGUAUCAUAAAAAUAACAAUAGUUCUGAGAAGCCUGACUCUUCUCUUGUGAACCACAGAAUGGCAUUUAUCAGCAUCUCUCUUUUUACAAUGCGACUACUGCAAACACUUAUCCCAGUGGAAAAGGCAAAUGACGUGUUGUCGGAGAGCUUGAUGAAUGCUUUGUUUCUCUUAUCUGUCGACCUGCCAUUUCGUUCCGCAUACCCCAGUGUUCAUGAAUCUGUUAUAGCUUUUAUGGAGCAGCUGAAUUCUGAAGACUAUUGGGUUUAUAAACAAGCUUCAGAGACUGCCUAUUCAAUUGAAUGUACAACUUCUUUUAUGUCCUGCUCCACAAAAGAGGGUGCAAACUCUUUGGAAUUGGUAGAACUUGCUGAGAAAGCCCUCACUAGCCUUCCGUAUCACAAGCACUUCCCUUUGGUUCACAAGUUUAUCCACAUCUGCUCAAACAUCUGCAGUUCUGCUCAGAGUGGCCCUGUAUUACUGGAGGAAAGUCAGAAAGUCCUCUUGCGGAUGCUGUCUAAUUGGGUGCCUGCGGUGAGGGUACAGGCUUACACCUGCUGUCUCCAGAUUGUUAAGGAUUCUUUAGGAGUUCACAAUGUCACCAAACCUGUGUCUUCUAUUUGCAAUGGUAUAAAUUUUCUUCUGCAUCCAAAAGUUCUGUAUGAAAUCGCUACAUUUGGCCUGCAGGACUCCAACAAUGAGGUUUGUUCAGCUGCUAAAGCUGUUCUAACAUAUUUCCUCCAAGGGCAUCUUGUGAUGACUGCUUCUUCUUGGAAUAAGUUUAUUGAAGCACUGCAUCCAGUCCUGCCGCUUUUACAGGGUUUUGCCGACAUGGAGGAAGCUUUAGGCACUUCUAUUGUGGCGUUAUGUGAAACAUCAGAAAGAGGGGAAGGAGUUUUGCCAAAAGCAACUCUGUUAAAAGCAGCCUUGCGGUUUCUAUUUGCCAAAAAACUGACGCUACGUUCAUUGGGCAUUAAGUGGAUAGCAGUCCAUUUAAUGAAUGAGAAGGAGUCGAACUGCAAGCGCCCCGAGCUGCAAGGAAAUGUAAUAUCUAAGGCUGUCAGUCUUUAUAUCACUGAGCGAUCAGUUGACUUAAAACUGGAUGACAAAGGAACAUCCUUUUUCAAGGCAGACAUUGUCAGGAAAGUGGCUGAAAUCUUUACUUCGGAAACUGUGGACAUGGCACUUCGCAAAUCAGCCGCUGAACAGCUUGCAGUUAUAGCACAAGACAUGAUGAUGCACAAUGUAAUUAAGGAUCUGGGGAUUGUGGCAAAGAUCCGUAGCAUAUUACAAAAAUGUGUGCAGCAAAGUGGAAAGGAUUUGGAGUGUAUGGUUUUGCCAUGCCUGGCUUUACUACGAAAGUUGGUGUAUGCUGAUCCUGUAUUGCGCUUGUCACUGACACAGGAUACGGAGUUCAUCUUGGUUUUAACUAGAGCAUCCAUGUUACUGCAGAAUGACAGUGUUUUACUGGGUGAAGCAUCAUCUGUGAUGUUUCUUCUUCUCUUCGAUGAAGUAUCAAGAAUGGAGACAUGGUCAGAGGAUGUGCCUACCUCUCCACCUCCAUUCAGUUUGCCUGUAGCUGUGGUUAGAAGAUUUCACCUUCCUGCCUCUGUACAUACCCAUCAUGCAGUAAGUCCAUACACAAUGGCUUCUCCUUUGUGCUCAGACUGGAUAACCAUGAAGCCAGUAUCGGAUAUGCUUCGUAUAGCAUGGAAUGUGUCUUGGAACCAAGGAAUGGAUAACUUUUUGAAAAAUCUAGAAAAAGAACCAGUUGGAAAUGAAAAUUUUUCAGAUACAUUAAAGUUAUCCCCAGAAGAAGUCCUGACAUUGAGAAUGACACACUCAACUAGUGGACUGCAAGAUUGCCUGAGCUAUAUCAUUCAGGCUGUGUCUCAUGGGGACGUCCGUUCUGCUGUUGCUAGGAUGAAUUUUUAUCUCCUAAAUGACAGACUGGUUCUAAACUGCCUCACUGACUAUAACAUGUCUUCCUUGAAGUAUUUGCCUUGGCAUACUGCAUUAAGCAGGUUUUUGCUGGUUCAACCAGCAUGUGCUGAAGAUGAAAAGCUACUGGCAGAUGUGAUGAGCUUCCUAAACAAGAUCCUGAGAGAACAGAGUAGAAGCUCAGACUUGCAGGAUCUCCAAUGGAUACUAGAGAUGCUACUUAAACAAAGUCCAAGUCCACUACUAGAUCUAAUCAUCCAGAAAGAGCAAACGGCCAAAAAGGACUUGGACGAUACACAAGCAGCUGUGAGGCAGCAUCUGCAGAAAGAGCUGAUGGGGUUUUUUAACACGCUAAUGCUCUGUUUAACUUCAGUUACUGAUCGGAAGUGUUUGGCUCUUGCUGGCUCCUUUCGAACGCAACUUUCCUUGCAAUUGGUUCACUGCUUGAAGGUGUCAGAUGCUCCCCAUUUUUAUGGACUUCCAUCAUUGGCAAGAACUCUGAAAGGAAUGGUGCAUUUGACAUCAAUGCCAGGUUGGAGCUCACAUUGUCCAUCAACUGAACCAAUGUCAAUCUGCGUGAAGGCAUUAACCAGUCUUCUUGAGAUCAUCUCAUCUUUUUAUGUCGAAUGGGGAGGAAAUGCUCUUUCCUAUAUGGGCAAAGGUGUCACAAAGAGCACCGUUUUGUGCUUGCUUCACUUGUCCCAUGAGAUGACAGCUGAAGCCAGGAACACGGACUGGGUACAUCUUUGGUCUUUACCCUAUGAUCAUGGUAGUGAAGAGCAAGUCAUACCUAAGCUGGGCUUAGAAUGGUUGAUUCCUUUGUGGGUUGACAGAGAUCCAGAGGUGAGGUUUACAAGCCUGGCUAUUGGAUCAGCGCUGACAUCCAUUAAAGAAGGCUGUGUUAUUUUGUCUGACAGCUGCCAGAACAUUUCUGGAGGCUUAUGGGGAAUGGUGCUAAGUAUCUUUGUUGACCAUUAUGAAUGUAGCAUGGUGCGCAGAGAAGCUGGAUUCAUUCUCCAAAACAUGCUUGCUAUCCAAAUGGCAGAAAAUGCUGAAUAUUCUAAAGAAUUCACUUUUCAGGGCCCGAGCAUAAAUGAUGAAGAGUCGGGAAUGCCUUUAACAGGAAAACCUGCAAUUAAAGCUCUUUUGAGAGACUAUCACUUCUAUGAACAUGUAAGCUACAUGGCCAAAAACUGCUAUCUUGGACGUUUUAUUUUUGACCUGGAUAAUUCCAUGGAGGCAUGUAAAAGUGAAGAAAAUGUUAAUUGCUCUGAAGAUUCACUUUAUGUUUGGAAUAGUGCUCCUAAUGUUUCAAGCACAUCUGGGUCUGAGUCCACAUUGAGCACAAUAAUUCUCACUUCAUCUGCGAGCAGCUCAGAACGCAUGGUUCCAGUCUGUGCUUCUUCAAUCUUGGAAAAUGCAGCUGAUCAAGGGCUAGAUCACGGUCAAAACAAUAAAGUCAGAACAGCAUCCCUGAGCUCAGAAGAGAUUUGCGCUUCUGUGUUCAUGCCUGACCAGCGAUCCUUAGUCACACCAUCUCUAUUGUCAGCUGUAUGUGGCUUACUGGACAAUCUGCUUGUAAUAAAUCCUGAAGACAUAGAAGCUGCUUUGUCUGAUGGACAUUUGCUGACAGAUCUGAUUAGUCUUGUAAAGCCGACUGUGCUCGAAAGGUGUUUUUCUGAUCUCAAGACUUCGUUCACCCCUGAAGGUUGUGUAAGAAAUGUAAAGUCACAGGUGCUUAUUUUUCUUCAGUAUCUGUCUGCUUUGUCCAAAUUUCUGCAGUCGUGCUUGCUUGUCAAUGCUAGUUUGCUAGCAGAAGACAAGAUCUGGACUUUAUCGGCAACUUUGUUCUCAUUGCUGUUUGUACAACACAAGAAAGCUUUCGACAUUGAGAUAAAAGCUGCAAUUUAUCAGUCAUGGACAGACAUAUUUUCAUUUUUAACCAUCUUGCUAAGAAAAAAUGGACCAGGUGUUAUCUAUGCCAUAACAGCAGCCUUGUCAAAGUAUGGGAUUGCAUUGUAUGACACCAUUUCUGAAUGCUUAGCAUUAUCUGGGGAAUAUUUGAAUCUGUACAUAGCCAGCCUGCAAUUUCUAUCAGUUCUUCUAGCAGAAGAAGGAAGUCGGCAACCUUAUGAGCCACCUGAAUCAAACACAACGCUCACUUCUCUUUUAGAUGGAAAUCUCAGAAUGGGAAGUAGCCUUUGCAAGAUAAUUUUUCAGACUCAUGAAGAGAAAUCAUCAGAGGACCCUCUAAAACAGCUCUCUGUGAAUUGUCUAAUUCUUCUGUUGGCUGUCAGCAGAAGCGCCCAGGCAUACAGUCUACAAGCUCACUUUAUAGAUACCUGUAUCGAGAAGAUGAAGCACAUUCAUGCACAGCUGACUCUUGAGUCACUAAAAUCAGGAAAAUCUUCACAGAAAAAAAAGGAAGAAAAUCUUUGUAAGCAGUUAAAAGUUAACAUGCAUCUUCUGAGGAACUGUAUUUACAAAAGUGAAGAGGGCAAAGCAGCUGCCCUGGAGUCUCAGCUUGUUCCUGUGCUGCAUUCUCUGUGGCCAUGGCUUUUGAUGGAUGAUACACUGAUGCAAGGUGCUUUGCAGGUACUUUGUGUCUACACAGCAAACUUCCCCGCAGCAUCUAGUUCUUUAUGUUGGACCAACAACCAUCCAUCACAGAAAUCCACAACAGGCAACUGUAUACUGCAUAAUGUAUUAAAGAUUGCUGCAGAUCCAUCUUCCUGUAGUAGCCUUGUACAACAAGUGGUAUUCAGUCUCCUUUCUAAUGUUGCCGAUACUCAAGACUGCAAGUGUGUCAUUCAGAAGAGUAAUUUUCUACAGAACUUUUUAUCCCUGUCCUUGUCAAAAGCUGGUAACAAGAGCCUUAGUGUUACAACUAAUCUGUGGCUGAAAUUUCUGUGGAAUUUGUCUCUGGGGAGUGAUGGUCAGAUAAUGAUUAUGAAGCUGAAAGGAAGCUUAGACCUUCUUCUGGAGCUUAUGAAAUACAAGCAGAAGGCUAAGUUCCCCACUGCCCUGAUUAUUUUACAUAACAUCUGCUUUAACCAAGCCAAUAAACCAAAGAUACUUUCCAAUGAUAAAAUUAUGACUAUGCUGUGUGCCUGUCUGGAAAAUGACAACCCCAAUAUUCAGAGAAUAGGAGCUUCUGCAUUAUGGGCUUUACUUCACAAUUACCAGAAGGCAAAAGUUACUCUGAAGACUCCAUUGAUAAAAGGAAGAAUUGAAGACGCCCUGUCUCUAUUGAGAAAAAAUGGUUCUUCUUUUGAAGAAAGUCUUGAAGUUUAUCAUUUGAAAUGUCUGGAGAAUUUGGAGCUCGUCCUUGCUAGCUGAAGCUGAUGAUGCACUUCAUUCUAUGAACAGUUUUUGGAACAAGCCUGUGCUGGAUCUGUGACAUGAUUUCUAUACUAUGCGGGGAAAAUGUUUUUCAGUGCUGCUAUAGCCAUCACUAUCCAUUAACAUGCCAUCUCAUAUAGGUUUCAUUUUUAUAUAAGAGCACAGCUAAUGUUUAACUAGUUCUCAACACUACGCAAGGAUUUACACCUUAAUGACACUUCAAUGAAAGAAGAUUUUGCAGCAGAUGAAGAAAUUUCUUUGCAACAAAUUGUAAGGAACAAUGUUUUCUGGCUCCUGUGGUAGUCUAUUUAGUUCCAUUAUGUUCCUACUAAACCCGAAAGAUUCACUAAAUGAGAAUUUUCACGUUCCACAUGUAGUAAAGCUGAAAGAUCAUGGAGGGAAUUUGUCAAGGGAUUUACACAGGAUUUUUGGUGUAAAAAAGACGCACGUGCGACUUUUAGUGGUAUGCAGGCCUGCGCAAGUUUUUACAAUCCAGCUGUUUCACACAAGAUCUGUUUUUUACUUAGCUGUAGGCAGGGAUUUACUAACUGCAACGUUUGAUAAAAAGUCGCAAAAACGUUGCAAACGGCCUAAAAGUCGCAAAUCUACACCAAAAAAAAGUUGGCUUAGAAAAAGUAGCGUAAAGUCCCGCCCACAUCUAACACCCGCUGGCCGCCCGCAUCUAUCACCCGCCCCCCGCAUCUAUCACUGGCUACCUUCAUAUACCACCCGCUGUUGUAAGACUACAACUCCCAGCAUGCCCUUACAGUGAGGACAUGCUAGGAGUUGUAGUCUUGCAGUAGCUAGCUGGCGGAGUUAAUUGCAGCGGGUGAUAUAUGCAGCGGCGUGUGUUAUA